ACCUUUCUUUCCUCUGUAGAGCCCUUUGUUGCGUCUUUUCACCUUCUCUUGAUAGGAUUUUUGAAGCACUAGACCUAGAGAUCACAACAUCCUUGUGUUUCCCUUCUGCUUCUUUCUCUUUGGAUAUGGAAAAUCUCACGUUGGAUUGGAUGAAAGAGUCAGCAGACACUGUGGAAGAUGAUGGAUUCUAUGAGGAGAUUGAGGCACCGAAAUUUGUUGAUUUCACAGCCCCUGAUCGUUCUCGGCCGGAUGGUCGCUCCUGGUUCUGCGUCCGUGUCGGAUGUGACCAAAAUCAUGAGGAAGUAGAUCCUGAUGCUCUAUACAGAAGUUUCAUGCUUCGGGUCAUGGCAGCAAGGAGCCCCAAUGUAGGGCUUCGAAAAGCAUUAAAUCGACAAGCACCAAGAUCAAUGGUAAAAUGUCCACAUUCUGCACCAGCAAAGUCAGCUAAGGAUAAAAUAAGUAAAUUUAGCACUAUCACUUCAGUUCCAGAAAAGAUGGCAAAAACUAAGCUGAAGGACCAUCCAAUCUCUACUUUGAGAUCAACUCCAAGCAAAACAAAGGCAAAAGUGCAACCUUUUCCAAGCGAAAAGACAUUGACAACACCAAGGAACAAAAAAUGUUCAACAAAUCAAGAACCAUUUCGAAGUGAGAAGUAUCAGAAGGUGCCAAUUGGAGCACCCAAGAAUAAAAGUGUGGCGAAGGCCCUAUUUCUCAACAACCCAAAGAAAACAGAUGAGACUAGAACACCUUUAAAGUGCCAUGCCCCUGUAUCUGAGGUUUGUGGGGAGAUGAGGCCUAACAUUCGCAGUCGAACAAAGAAUGUACCUAGCAGGUACCUUUGCAAGCCAUCUACUGCAACAAGUUCGAAAAGAACUGAAGAAACUGCUCAGAGUUCAAAGAAGAAAAUGGAGGGUUGUUCCCAGAUAUACAAUCCCUCCAUGCUUCGAGAAGGGAUUCGGAGCAACGCUAAUGACACAGGAACUGAUGGAAAACUAGGAAAUCCAAGCAUCCUGGCUGCUGAUGUUGAGGAACGUCUCCCAUCUUCAGUAGUUUCCUCUGUUAAAGAGUCUUUGCAAUCAGCAACAGCAGAUGCUCCAACCUCCAAUGAGUCAGAAGCACCACAAAAUCCUGAGGAUAAUUUAGAAAACAAGGUCUCCACACACCAAGCUUCCAUCCAAGCAGCUACCGAGACUCGAGCAGUGGAGAAUGCUACUGACCUGGAUGACAAUAAAGAAAAUGCUUCAUACAGUGAUAGAGCCAGAGACAUAGAUUCGAAUGCGACAAAUUUUGAAAACAAGAACUUGCAGUCGGAGACCUGUGAGAAUGUUCCUCAUAAGGCAAUCAGAGCUCCAAUUAAGUCCCUUAAGGAACAUUCUGAUCAAGGAGGAAAGCACAAGAGAACUACAAAUCCAAAGCCUUUCAGAUUUAGAACCGAUGAAAGAGGGAUUCUCAAAGAAGCAAACCUGGAGAGAAGACAGAUUGGAGCUCAGAAAGAAACCACAACAACCCUCAGGCAUGGAGAAGGAUUGCAGAACAAUGGGAAGGCUUUCCAUGGAUUGGUAAAGCAAACUGCUCCUGGUAAAGGUGUGCACAAUACCCAGCCUAAUCUAUCUAAAGCUCGCCGCAAGUUGCCCAUGCAGUCAGCCAUUAGCAAGGGAAAAGCAUCAGGAAAAUCUAAGAACAAGACUCAAGAAUUGGUGACGUUAAGACAAACUGCCAAGUCUAUAAGUGUGACGGCUUCGAGGAAGGUGCCAACAACAUCUCAAUCAGGAAGAGAGAACCACAAAAUCAAAAUUGCCGCCAUGAGUACAAAGGAUAAGAGACCUAUCACAGUUCCAAAAGAACCAAAUUUUCACAGGAUCAAUCUUCCAAAGAGUUGCACAAAGAAAAUAACCUGAGAUGGUGACAAAUUGACCACAGUGUCUAUUCUUUAUUCAUUUGUUCAAGUGAAUACAUUUGAGACAUUUGACCCAUAUAAUGAGAAAUGAUCCAUUGGCUUGCUGGGUGAUUAAUCUAGUACUUUGUUCA